AUGGGCAUCGGAAGAGGUGGCUGGCUGUCCGGCCUCAAGCUACUCUUGGCCAUAGCUUCUGUCUUUGGAGCGAACAACUAUUACUGUGAGGACCCGCUGGUGGACUCACUGCCUCCAGCCUCCUUCGACAGCUCUUCAAGACUCUCCACCAACCACCUGCCGGCCUUCGCUAAGCUAAAAAACAAAGACGGGGGAGGGGGCUGGUCGCCGAGCCCAGAGGACCAGCACCCCUGGCUGCAGGUGGACCUGCAGGAGCGUGUGGAGAUCACGGCCGUGGCCACGCAGGGCCGCUGGGGCAGCCAGGACUGGGUCGCCCAGUACCAGCUUCUCUACAGCGACACGGGCCGGGCCUGGAAGCAGUACCGCCACAGCGACGUGCUCUGGACCUUUCCGGGCAACUCAGACACAGACUCCGUGGUCUACUACAAGCUACCGCACUCCAUACGAACCCGCUUCCUGAGGCUGGCGCCCCUGCAGGGAAACCCCAGGGGCGGCACAGGGCUAAGACUAGAGGUCUACGGCUGCACAUACAAGUCGGACGUGGCAGACUUUGACGGCCGCAGUGCGCUGCUCUACCGGUUCAACCAGAAGUCCAUGAGCACGGUGAAGGACGUGAUCUCGCUGCGCUUCCGCACCCAGCAGGCGGACGGGGUGCUGGUGCACGCCGAGGGGCAGCGCGGAGACCACAUCACCCUGGAGCUGCAGCAGGGCAAGAUGAUCCUGCAACUCAACCUGGAUGACACCAAGCCCCGUAUUGGGGUCCCCCGCCCGUCCGUCUCCCUGGGCAGUCUCCUGGACGACCACCACUGGCACUCGGUCCUCAUCGAGCGCUUCAGUCGGCAGGUCAACUUCACAGUAGACCACCACACCACGCACUUCCGUGCCACGGGCCAGGGCCAUGACGACUCUCUAGACGUGGACUAUGAGCUCAGCUUUGGAGGAAUCCCUUUACCUGGCAAGCCGGGCACUUUCCUGAAGGAGAACUUCCAUGGCUGUAUGGAGAACCUGUACUACAAUGGAGUCAACAUCAUUGAUCUGGCUAAGAGAAGAAAGCCUCAAAUCUACAGCACGGGGAACGUGACGUUCCAUUGUUCCGAGUCUCCACCACUGUCCGUCACGUUCCCCAGCGGCAACAGCUUCCUGACGGUUCCCGCCGACCUCGGAACGGAGAGCUUCUCGGUGCGCCUGCAGCUACGCACCUGGAACCGGGACGGCAUCAUCGUCAUUGCCCCGUUGGCGUGGGAACCGCAACAGAGGCUGUACCUGCGCCUCUCUUUGGAGAUCCAGGGGGGCCGAGUUCUGCUGUCCAUCGAUAGUCUGGACGACCCCCCCACAAUCAUGUACUCAGAGCAGACAGUGAGUGACGGCCAGUGGCACUCGGUGCGGGUGGAGAUGAAGGGAGGCCAGGUGUCCCUGACCAUCGACACCCAGAGACCUGCCAUCGCCCAGACCAGGCACCGUGUCGCCAGCCCCAAGAGGCCGUCUGUCCUGUCAUUCGGGGGAUGUGUCACGUCCCUAGCCAACCUGGUGUGCGACAGUGGUGCUUUGGGAUUCCAGGGCUGCAUGCGCCUUAUGUUCGCAAACAAUUAUCCUGUCAACCUCCUCCACGUGCAACAAAAGACGCUGGGAAACUACAGCCAGCUGGAUUUUGAUGUCUGCAGCAUACGGGACAGGUGUACCCCUAACUACUGUGAGUACGGGGGUCAGUGCUCCCAGAGCUGGACCCAGUUCUUCUGCAACUGCUCAGGGACCGGCUAUACAGGAGCUACCUGCCAUAUACCCCUGUACGAGCGCUCGUGUGAGGCGUAUCGAGAUAAGGCUGACCCCACGGCCACCUACACUCUCGACCUGGACGGGAGUGGACCGCUGGAGAGCAUGCCUGUCACUUGCAGCCAAACAGAAGACAAAGUGUGGACGGUGGUGAACCAUGACCUGAUGGGUCCGAUGCGCGUGCUGGGAUCCACCCUGCAGAACCCCUACACCAGACUGCUCAACUACAGCCUGCCCCUCGCCCACCUCCGCAACCUGGUCUCCAACUCACAGCACUGCCAACAGGAAGUCCUUUACCAGUGCCGGAAGUCCCGCCUCUUCAACACCUGGGACGGGACGCCACUGGCCUGGUGGCUGGACCGUGACGGAGCCAGGAGGACGUACUGGGGCGGCUUCCUGCCCGGGGUACAGCAGUGCUCAUGCAGCCUGGAGGGCAACUGCAUGGACAUGAACUACUUCUGCAACUGUGAUGCUGACCAGGACACAUGGGUAAAUGAUACUGGCCUGCUGUCUUACAAGGACCAUUUGCCCAUGAGAGAAAUCGCCAUCGGCGACACGAACAGGACUGGCUCCGAGGCCGUCUUCAAAAUUGGACCGCUGCGUUGCUACGGCAACAGGUUCUUGUGGAACGCUGCGUCCUUUUAUCAGGAGACGUCCUACCUCCACUUUCCCCCUCUCCAGGUGGACCUGGCCCUGGAUAUCUCCCUCUACUUCAAGACCAGCACCCUUUCCGGGGUGUUCCUGGAAAACCUGGGGGACCAGUCUUUCAUCCGAUUGGAGCUGAGCUCUCCGUCCUCAGUCACCUUCACCUAUGACCUCGGCGACGGGCCGGUCCGGCUGACCGUCAGCUCUCCGGCGGCCCUGAACGACCGGCAGUGGCACCGCGUGCACGCCGAGUGGAACGUGAAGGGCGGCUGGCUGCUGGUGGACCAGCUCCCGCAGCGCCACGUGCCUGCUGCCCCCGAGGGACACCUGCACCUGCAGCUCAGCGGACAGCUGUUCGUAGGUGGGACCGCCUCGCGCCAGGGGGGCUUCCAGGGUUGUCUGCGCGCGUUGACCUUGAACGGCGCGUCUCUCGACCUUGAGGAGCGGGCCAAGACGACCCCGGGCGUGUCCCCCGGCUGUCCAGGUCACUGCAACGGGGACAGCGUCUGUCACCACGGCGGCAGGUGUGUGGAGGAGAGGAACGGCUACGUGUGUGACUGCUCGCAAACAGCAUAUGGCGGGCCUCACUGCCACACAGUCAUGGCGGCAGCGUUCGAUGGAGACUCCAGCCUUACCUACUCCUUGCAGGAGACACUGUCUGCGAUCCGAGACAAAGACUCGAGGGCCUCCCUGACACCAGAGGGCGCUGGUGCUGCCGGUGCUGCCGGUGCUGCCGGUCCCGCGCUGGACAGUGUCACGCUGGGCUUCCAGACCAGGGGCUCGCCCUCUCUCCUGCUGCUGGCACAAGGGCUCGGACAGAGAUACGUGGCCCUGAUCCUGACCAGAACUGGAAGCAUGCUGAUCAAGUAUCGUCUAGACGAGGAUAAGGAGCCAGACACUCUGAGCCUCAGGUCGGCAAGCCUAUCCGACGGACAGCUCCACUGGCUGCAGCUCAGUCGCGAGGGGAAGGAUGUGUAUGUGCAAAUUGACGAUGGCCUGGCUCAAAUCUUCACUCUGACAUCUGGCUCUGCACUGAGCCCACUGAGGAGUGUGACCCUGGGCAAACUCUCGGGAAGUGACAUCGUCGAUGAAGAGGUGUUGGAGGCGGGCUCGAAGGGCUUCACUGGCUGCCUGUCCUCGGUGCAGUUCAACCAGGUGUCCCCGCUGAAGGAGGCCCUGGCUCAGCACAGCAGCCCACUGGUCAGCACACGUGGCCAUCUCUCCCAGUCCAGCUGUGGGUCACGGCCCAGCCCAAACACUCUGGCUACCACACACUCACAUGGAGACCGCUCGGGCAAGGCGGCGGACCAAGGCAACGAGCCACUGAAAGUGAUGGAGCACCAUGAGUCAGCGGUCAUUGGAGGUGUGGUGGCUGCAGUGGUCUUCACCACCCUGUGCGUCAUGGGCGCCAUUAUCCGUUUCCUGUACCUGCACCGGAGACCUCCCCCUCCCCCGCCCGGCAUGCCUGAGAAGAAAGAGCAGCAGCAGCAGCAGCAGCAUCAGCUUCAGCAUCAGCUUCAUCAGCAGCAGCAGCAGCUGCUGGAGGACAAAGGAAAGGACGGGAGGAAGCAGUUUGACUUGCACCGACGUAGUGUGUACAGCACAGGGGCGGCCCGUGUGACCUUCGACCUUUGA